UGGAGAGCAGAGACUGCUGUGUAGAGAGAGAGAGGGAGGGCUGUCCUCCAUGUUUUAAUAAGCAUUGACAUUACCCACUGUUUUAAGCCAUGCAUCCACAGAGUUUGGCUGAAGGAGGAGGGAAAGAGUCAGAUGCAAUUGAAGGGAUGGAAAUCGCAACACGAUCCAAGGUCUCUGAUCAAGGGUCAGCAGAAAGGACCGUCCCUAAGCGCAAGGUUUCCAGCCCUCCUCAUUCCUCAAAUGGACACUCGCCUUCGGAAUCCUCCUCUAGUCCUGUAAAAAAGAAGAAGAAACCAGGAGCUGUCAAUAACAGUAAAGACCAG